AUGGACGACAAAUCCCCGACACGCAAACGCAUCACUCGAAGGAAUGGCCAGCUAAAGGCGGGUGGAAGCGGAAGCGGAAAUAAUGAUGAAAAGCAGAAUCAAAGCGCGGACGGCGAUAGCGACAGCGGCGAUGAUACAUUUGAGAGAGCCGUGGACACGCCGCUCGAUCCUAAACCGCCCUGGAAACCCGGAGGAGCCCAUGUUGCCUCUGAAAGGACGAGGGUAAGCAGAUUGGAAGCUCAGCGACCGAGGUCGCAACCCUCGCAAUCCUUGCGGACAGUGUCGACAGUUUCUACAAGACCUUCAACCUCAGCUGCUGGGACAUCUAGGCCUUUCUACCCCUCUGGUUAUAUUACCCCCAUUCCUAUACCACGGAACGAUUUCCAGGUGCCUAGCUAUAUGAAACCCACGGAAGCAUACAAGCAGAAGACCAAGCCACGAGAACCGAAACCAUCGACACUUCCUCUUAUAAUCACCUCUAAUAACGUUGAAGAUCAUUCUUCAGAAAGACCACGCGAAGCUACGCAAAACCCAGUAAUACAGCUCCAGAAAACUCUCGCGCAAGGUGGCAAAGCCCCUAGAAAUACUCCAGAUGUGCGCCCAAACAAAUCGCCGGAAAACGUCGGUACCAGCAACGGUAAAGAAGUAGUCAAGGAUGAAGAAGAAACGGAACCUCAAAGGUCACCAUUGAGGCACCUAGAAAAUUCGGAAUCCCCCCCUGCGUGGAAUAACGGCUAUGGGCCACGAUCGCCGUACCGUGGCCCUGAAGACUUUGGAAUACCCUUGCGGCCAGAAUUGUGGGCGCAUUUGGGAACUUCAAAAUCGAAACAACCAACACUCCAUGGUGGGAAUUCCGAGUCUCCUAGGGGGUAUGAAUGUUCAAGUAGUCAACCAGGAGUACGACAGCGGCUCUUCUCGAUUGGGACCGAUCAAGGUGACCCUCCGCUUCCUCCUUUGGGAAUGAUUGGUCCGCUUCAUAUCUAUCAAUUCGAGCACCAGGAUGAACCAUCUCCCAUAACACCACUACGGCCAAUCACAGACAAGGGUAUCGAACCGUUGCUUGAUUCCAAUACACCUUCUCCGUGCUCAAAUAAUAAUAGGAUCAAGGAAGAAGGAAAGCUCCAGAGUGAAGACGAGAGUGAUGAGUUGAUCAAGAAGAUCAGAAGGAUCAAGGCACAACACCAGGAUAUGCAACGAAUAUCUAGCCAAAGUGGCCAUCAGUCUCCAGUUAAGGUUCCUAAAGAAACGCCUAGCAUAGAAAACAAUAGUGGAGGCGAAGCAUUCCUUAGCAGCAGCAGUAGCAGUAGCAGCAGUUCCUCUGUCACGAAUCCCGAAGAUUCUCCAAAAGGACCUCCAUCGACGAAAGAGAGAGAUAAUGGGGAUGAAGUAUCUCCUAGCCACGGUGGCAGCAGAGAAAAAGGUUCGGGUACACAUCCAACUCCUCGAUCAAGAUCUCUAUCGACCAACACUGUUCCUCAUAUGGAACCUUCCCUUCCACGGCCACAGGCAUCUAUCAACAGCAGCGAGUCAACCGAUCAUUAUGUAGCCCCGAUCGAUUUAUUAGCACCAGUUGCUACCGAACAUAGCCCACAGCAUCGCGGAGGCAGGCCUUCGCAGCAUACCAAUAGGCAUGUACCACGGCCAUUAACGAUCUCUAUUCCAAAAACCCCACCUCAACCAUCACACCCGCCUAUUUGGGAUAUAAUAGACCUAUCACCGCCUUCAUCACCAUCAUCCUCUGGCUCAUCAAGUCCUCGCGGCUCUAAUAGGCAUUCUCUGCCAUUUGGCACAGGACUUUGGUGGAUCGAACCUCCAGCUGCCAUCUCACCAACAAUGUACGCUCUUCGCGGCCUCCACCGCCACCGCCAUCCUUCUCUUCCAUCGACUCCCACGACUUCAAGUUCCACGUUUCCUAGCCUAUCCGAGGGACCGUCGCCAGAAGCAUCGCCCUCUCCGCCAAAGUCCAUUUCAGAAUCAGGAUCUUCUAUGGAUUCGUCCGCCAUACCCCCACCACUGCAAAUCCAUUAUCAUCAUGAGCCAUCUAGAGCCGGUCAGAUUGGCAGGUGCACCCACUGCUCUCAGCAUUGCCCUCGUCCCGAGGAUCCUCCCGAAUAUCUCAUGCCCAAUGCGCACACGCACAUGAAGAUUUUCAUUCUCAACCUUGCUUUCAUCCGUGCUUUGGCUAUCAUGGAAAGCGAUCCUACAAAAGUUCUUAGUCUGAUGAUAUACAAAGCGCUGCCCAUAGCACAAGGCAUCGAGGAUCCCGUAGCCGAGGCGAGAUGCUGGUAUUGGAUCGGAAAGGCGGAAGCUACCAGGAGUGACUGGGAUGAGAGUCUAAAGGCACUAGAGAAGGCGAUGGAUUUAGGCCUUGCGGAAAAAAAGCGGUACACGGAGGGUCGGGAGAUCCAAAAUUUGCUGGACAUUGUGAAGAGAUGGCACAAAGCGGCAAACACAGCAGCCGAUGGUGAAGAGGAGGUCGAUGAUCCGCUGCUUGGUUUGUCAGUUGCGGAUAGGACUCAGAUGCUUCGGAACGAAGUGGUUCCGGGUCUAUUGCCUCCGGUCGGGGCAAUUGGACUCCUUCGAACGGAUAUCGAGAUCGCGGGAGCGGUCAAGGACACUGAGCGAAAAAUGCAUGAGAUGAACAUUACCACGGAGGCCCAAAUAGAGAAAACUAUCGGCGAAGAAGGCGAAGGAAGUGACACAGCAAAUAAGAACUCCUCUAAGACGGUUACAACAUCAGAGAGCAUCUCGCCUACAACCGCGCGAAUCUAUGCACUUUUCGAGGGUAGUGAGACAGAAAGUACUACAACCCCCGAACAAUCCACCUCAGCCGAGAUCUCUUCCCAGCAAGUCGAACCCACGACUACGUCAUUGCCAGUAUUUUCAGAGCCUAUCCGGAUUGGAAAUCUGCACAAAGAGCAUCCGGAGCGGCCUGAGACGGUGGGAGCUCUACCAUCCCCACGCAACGAGAUCAUCAAGGUGUCACUUCCACCCAAAACACUCAAAGUCUCGGGUCGCCCACCAAUUACGACCUCGACUAGCUUGAAUUGCACCGAACCCGAAGACGAUACGCCAGAGAGGAUGACUGCACAGCUCCUGCGCGACAUAGAAGAGAGGGGGAAAAGAAAGGUGAUCAAUACGGGCAACUCUAUCUAUAAUUUAGAAUUACGGCAGGAACUAGAAGCGUUACUAUCAUCUCCCCCGCCGUCGGACGCAUCAACGGAGACCUUAGAAUCACAAGCCCACUUCCACCCUGAUCCAUACGGAUCAGACCUGCCUCUUGGAACUAUUCAAUACCUAGAAGCCGGCGUUGAAAGCGGGUUGAUGACAAGCCUUACACCUGCCGUGAGGAAACUACAACCUAAAGGGCGUCACGUCAUCGUUCGCCUCAAGUCGUCUCCUAUAAGCCCCAUCAUGGGCGUCGUCGACCUCGAGCCUGAGCUCACUUGGGACCCAUCAGAUGGAACGCGGGCGAGUCCCGAAGCCCAGCUGAACACUGGAGGUAGACGCAACCGCAAUCGAAAUCGGUCUAACUCCUCCUACACACCUCGGCCUGCGCCCAUCCGCCUUACCUACAGACAGCUGGAUCGGAUAGCGACAAUUUACUAUCAGCAAAAUGAGCAAAUGGAGAUGGAGGAUUUGAAUCAGUUAGUAAGGUCCGGCCCUGAUUUGGCUAGGUUCCAAUAUGAUGAAAACAAGGCGAGAGAUCGGGGGUAUCUGACGGAGUGGGAUUGGGUUGAGUUGCAAUCGGCUGGGCCCGAGGAACUUUAUCUUAUGGUCAAGGCAUAUGUUGGCAUUCGGGAUGGUCUGGAGACUCGCUUGAGACAGCUGGAGGACGCGCCUCCUUGAGGGCAGUUUGUCUGGAUUCCUGGCUAAGCGUUUCAAGUUAGGUUCUUAUUCAGUCAUGUACACACAGUACCAGGGCAUUGGUUUGUGGAGAUUUGUUUGCCACCGUCAAGCGUGCCCUUAUCAGAUUUUAUGAAUUUGAAUAGACCCCAAUUCCAUCAUGGGUGAUCUGUUGAUUCGCAGAGGCACGUCGGGGGAUACUUUGUGCGCGCAGAGAAACGAAGCCCCACGUACUUUCUAUCCCAUACACUCGUCUCACGCACAUAAUAUCAGAU